GCGCAACUUUGGAGAUUGAUCAGAAUGGCGGGAACUCGAGCGGGCGGCAGUGGCGGGUUGCGCGAGCGGUGGACAUCGCAGGGGCGGGACGUGAUGUUAAUGUCCCCGCAAGGUCUGAAGGAGGGACUCAAGCGACGGUGCAUGGAGCACGUCAAGAAGAAUCGCAAGCGCAUCCUCAAGAAUUUACGACAGCAUACGUCGGAUGUCACGUCAGAAGUGAUGGACGUGUCCGAGUCGAUUUGCCUCGAAGACUUGAGGCUUCGCGGCGAACUUACCCACGACGACUACUUGGACGUGUUGACGAGCUUGGAGAGUGCGUUACACGAGGAAAUGCGCCUCGAGGAGCUGGAACUAGCAGAGGAACUGCUCGAGGCCGAGGAAGCGUGGAUUGCGGAUUUCGAAGCGUUGGAUUUGCAUCAAGGUUGCUAUGGAUCCGAGUUCAUCCUGUGUCCUUUGUGUAAGAAGCAUGGAAUUGAUGUGUCGACGAACGAGCACGAGAUCACGAUUCUCGAAUGCGUUUGUGGGCUGUACCUCCCACUUCCGCUUAGCCAUGGCCCCAAGACUCCGUUGGCACGGUUCCAAGAUGCCAUGUCAAAUGCCUUUGUAGCUCAUGAGUGCAUGUGCGACGAAGUCCCAAACUUCCACAUGAGCACCACAUCCGUAGCAACACAACUCUUCCUCGAUUGCAACUGCUGUGGCAGCUUCAUUCAAGUUAUUUAAUUCAAGACUAACAGCACCAUGGACCAUUCACCCACCCCACGUCGUGCCCCCAAGUCGCUGGCACUCGGAACAUUCUGAGGGACAGGUUGUACCUUUACUGACUCAUUUGGCCGUAAGAGAUCACUUGUUCCUCUGAUGUCGCUGUGCUUCCUACCUCAAGCAUUCCCAAAGGAUCCCAACACCAUGUCGUGCGCAUAGCAGUGAUGCAUACCGUCACUCAUUGACAUGACGACAUCGUGCACAACGCAGACAACCGAACCAAACAGCAUCUGAGACGUAUGGUACUCGAACAAUGACCGGUGGGAUGUGC